CCAGCAACCUGGCUGCAUGAAUCUCUCCUCGGUGGACCGCAGUGGGGAGGUUCUCGGGCUGCAGUUGGCCCAUGGGCCGGGACUUUGAGACCCCUGCUUUAGGACCCCUUGCCUUUGGCACUGUGAACUGAACUGUCCAGGCCCGAAGCAGAGAUGUAAAUAUCACUGGGAUGUUUGUGAGCCAAAGACGCUAGAGUUUUAGUUUCAUUUCCUGAACUUGUUCUCUCUUUGCAAAGAUUUUUAUUUUUUCCCCAGCCAAGUCUCUGGCUCUGGCAGUCAGUUGUGGCUCCUUCUUGUGCUGCCCCAGGGUUUGUGGUAUGGCGAAGACUGUGACCGAUCUCCUGCUGGAGACCCUGGAAGAGCUGGGGAAAGAUGACCUCAAGCGAUUCAAGUGGAAACUGAAGGAAAUCAAGGUGGAAAACCAGUAUAACAACAUCCCCUGGGGCAAGCUGGAGACAGCACGUCCUGUGGAUGUCACCAAGGAAUUGCUCAACUACUAUGGGGAGCACUACAGAGUGGAGGUGGCCAUUCAAGUGCUGAGAUCCAUCCACCGAAGAGACCUGGCAGACAGACUCACCAAGGAAACACAAGCUGAUGUUAUAAAUCUGGAGCUGGAAUCAGUGACGCCGCGAAACCCGGAGACAGAUGGGUCCAAUCUGGAGCAAGAAUCCAAUGUGCAGCAGAUGCCAGCCUCUUUCAAAAAGCGGAGAAGAACAUUUCAGGGCAUCCUGUUCAAGAUGAAACUGAAGAAGUACAGAAGUAGGAAGCUCACAUUACGUGACCUCCAGAAAAUCAGCCCAGAAAGUCUAAAGAACUGGUCUGCUCAGACCUUGGGGGAUUUACCAUGGCAUUUCCUGAGAAAGGUGAUGGCUCUGAAUGGGAUGACCAGAAGCACAAGCCUUGGGCAUGGGGAGCUUGAAGAUGAAGCAGUCAGUGAGGAUGAGGAGGAACUGGAUAUUGAGGAUGAUUUUUUUUCUCUUAAUGACACUUGCACUACUGAUUCUCUGCACCCGCUUGACAUUCUCUGUGCCGUUCUGCUUUGCUCAGACAGUUUCCUACAGCAGGAGAUCUUGUCCAGAAUGUCCAUGUGCCAGUUUGCCCUCCCUCUGCUGCUACCUGCCCUCGACACCCCCAAGUGCACCCUAAUGCUGUGGGCCAUGAGGGACAUUGUGAAGAAGUGGAGGCCGCACUCCCUGGCGGAGAGCAGAGGGUUCAGAGAGGAGAGCCUGGUGCUCACAGCAAUGCCAACCAUUUCCUUUGUACGGAUGGGGAGCUGCAGCUUCUCCAAGUCCAAACUUCUCAAUGAGGUUCUCAGCCCCUCCCAGCAGUACCAUGAUUUCUUCAUCCAUCGGGACAUGGAGUGUGGGAACGUCCCUCGAGAAAUUGCAGAUGGGCUGGUCGAGAUUUCCUGGUAUUUCCCUGCUGGGAGGGAGAAUUCAGAUCUUUUCUCAGAAUCCAUUGCAGUUACAAAUCUGCAUGGAGACAUUGAAUCGCACCAGCUGCAGUUCAGCUUUUUAAUGAAGGUAUCAACUCUUAUGAUCAUAUUUGUUGAAAGACUCACUGAAAGGGAAUAUACUCUUCUAUUGUCUUUGAAGGAAGCAGGCACAAAACUGUAUUUUAUGCUCAGUUCUGAGGCUGAGAAAUCAAAGGACACAUUGGGCUUCCUUAAAAAGCUAGUUCUGGAUCUGAAAUUGAGUAAAUCACACCUAUUGUUCAAACAGAGCACAACUAACCAGGCACAGCUUGUGAAAAAGCUGCGAUCCACCAUUGGAAGAAUAACAAAGUUUCCUCAUAGGCACGUGACUAUGGAAGACAUGGCAGAGACUGCUCGGGAACUAGGAAUCCAGGUAGAUGAGGACUGCGAAGAAUGUCAGAGCGCCAGCAAGUGCGUUAAAGAAAUCACUGCGGAAAUAAAAGACGUUGCAAAGUACAAAAGAGAAAUGCUGAGACUGCAAGGGGAUCUAGGGAAGACUGUGGCUAAAGUGGAAAAAGAGCUGUGUCGAAUGCGAAAACGAAGGACAGCCCACUUAGAGAAAUAUGAAUCUGAGUUGAAAGAAAAAUUGGUGGCAUUACACAAAGAAAAGAAUCAGUGGGACCUUACUGAUGGUUUGGUUCAAUUUAUCAGUGGGAUAGCAUGUCUCUCCCAAGUGGAAAGAUGUUAUUUCCUGAAAUGGAUGCAUCUUAGCCUAGAUCACAUUACAAGGGGGAAUCUUGCUAGCUUACAAGCAGAGUAUAAAGAGAAAGUUAAAACUUCAGAGAGCGACCCACAAGAGCUAGCAGAACUCGGUAAACUAAUCUCUGCCAGAUCCUUAGGGUCUGAGCAUUUCAUGCGUGAGUUGGCGCAAUUCUAUGAGGCUGAACAUUCAAGGGUAAAACAAAGCAAAAUAACAGAAAGCCAAAGACAAUUCAUCCAUCUUCCAGGUAUAGCAGCUGACCUGAUGCUGGAAGGGUUUCCCAUGGAGCUCAUUGAUGGAGAUGCCUCCAACAUCCCACUGCAGUGGGUGACAGAUGUUCUGACUCAGCUCCAUGCCAAGCUGGGGGGAAGGUCUAGAAUGCUGGUUCUAACAGUGCUAGGAGGACAGAGCACUGGGAAAUCCACCCUCCUCAACACCAUGUUCGGCCUGCAGUUUGCAGUGAGCAGUGGCCGGUGUACGCGAGGAGCCUUCAUGUCACUCAUUCAAGUGGCAGAGAACUUUCAGCAGGAGCUGGGCUGUGAUUUCAUCCUGGUGAUAGACACAGAAGGACUGAAAGCCCCUGAGCUGGCCAUGUUGGAGGAUAGUUAUGAACAUGACAAUGAGCUGGCCACCCUAGUGGUUGGACUGAGUGACAUAACCAUUGUUAACAUGGCCGUGGAGAACGCCACUGAAAUGAAGGAUGUGCUGCAAAUUGUGGUCCAUGCCUUUCUCAGAAUGGAGGAAAUCGGACACAAACCCAACUGCCAGUUUGUGCAUCAGAAUGUCAGUGAUGUGUCUGCACAUGAACAAAACAUGGGGAACAGGAAACACCUCCUGGAGCAGCUGGAUGAAAUGAGCAAAGCUGCAGCAAAGAUGGAGACGCAAAUCAAGGAAAUGGCAAUUUUGGAUAUUAUGGAUUAUGAUCCAGAGAAACACAACUGGUACAUCCCUGGGCUGUGGCAUGGAGUCCCUCCCAUUGCUCCAGUCAACAUAGGAUACAGUGAGAGGGUGUGUGAGUUAAAGAAUUACCUGUUUGAAUUUACAAAAUCUUGCUCUGCUAACAGAUCCCUUAAGGACAUUCCCCAGUUUAUUGAAAGGCUGAGAAGCCUGUGGAACAUUAUAAAACAUGAAGAUUUUGGCGUUAGCUUCAAAAGCAGCCUUGUAGAUGAAGUCUAUAACCAGCUGUCUAUGAAUUAUGCAGAGUGGGAAUGGGGUUUCCGCAAGGAGAUGCAUCUGUGGGUAUCUGAAAAAGAAACUUUCAUCCUCAACCAGUCAGCAGCAGACUUAAAUUUCUCUGUCUUUAAAAACAUAGCACUGGAAAAACUGCAGUAUGGUGAGCAAAAGAUCAUGGACUGCUUACAACAAUAUUUUGCAAGGAAGGCCUCAGACUUGCACCUAGUGGAAAAGUACAAAGGAGAUUUUAUAAGGUGCAUUAAAACACUCAAGAAUGACCUUAAAACCCACGUGUUCAGAAAAUGCGAAGAAGCUAUUCUUACUCAAAUAGGCAGGCUGAAGUCACACAACAUCCAGAUUAACUACAUGAAAAUAGUUGAAGGAGAAAUUGAUCAGUUAUUGGCAAACUGCAGGAGGAGCACACAGCAACUAGAUGACAAGAAACUGGAGUCCAAAUUUGAAGCAGUAUGUCACGAAACAUCACUCUGUCCUCUGCAGAACUGCCAAGUUGCUGGAGAUAUGGAGGCCCAGUUAAGAAAUGACCUGAUGAAUCAAAGGAGUGCCAUCACAGAGAUGCUACAAGGAGCAGGAAGCCUGAAGGAUUAUAGAAUGAACUCAUUCAAGAUGAAAUCUAAGUAUUUGGAAAAAUGGCUGAUACAAAGAGCAGGGUUGCACAAAGAUAGUUACCUUCAGAAAGCAAAAGACAUUGCUAAAUCGCUGAUGGAUCAGUGCCAGGAUUACAUUCAAGAAAAGGUCAUUUCCAAAACAGACUAUGACAAAACCUACUGCAGGGAAUUGCUGCGUAUGAUCAACGAGAGGCUCCAAGAGGCGGAUGUUCGGAAAUGUUAUACUAAUGCAUUCUUCGAAGUUGACCUGAAGCUUCACAUUCUGGGGGAAGCGGCUCAUGAGUUUCAGAAGAUGCAUGAAGUAUUUAUCCAGGAACACAAUCCCCAGAAACAUCUGGAGAAGUUUAAACCUCAGUACCUCUCCCGAUUUAAAGAUCUUUAUUUAGAGAAGGAUUCCUGCCAAAAGAGGGCCUGGGAUUUCUGUGAACAUUGUCUCAAACCUGCCCUGAUUGACUAUGUUAAUAAAAGAAUCGCAACAGAAAUAGUGGAUGACUUCCUCAGCAGUGGGCAGGCCAUUAAAUAUGGCUGCAAGAUCUUUUUCCAGUUUACCGUGGAGAAGAAGCUCCUGGAAGAUGGGAACUUCAAGAACUAUCUGAAUUACAUUAACAGCUAUGAAGAGUUUGUCCAAAGCUGGAUCCACAGACACUUGUUAGAUUACUAUAACAAGACUAAUGGCUUGGAAGUCCUGGAAAGAGAGAUUCUAUCCACAAUAGUAAACAAAGUGAGAGGAGUUCUGGAACACGCCAAGGACAUAAAGCCUAACUCAGUCUCUGCUUUCUUAGAUGACUUUUGCAAAGCACUGGAGCAGGAUCUGGUCAUUUCCAAGGACAGCUUAGUGGGGAUACUGUUCAGAAACACAGCAAUGGCCCACCAGUUUUCUGCAGACAUUCAGACCUUCCUAACUGACCUGGAAAAGCAAAUCUUAUCUGAAUUUAAGGAGCUGGAGCUGGAGUCAAAACUCUCCAACCUGCCAUUGAAGCCUCAGGAUGAGAUGUUCAAGCAAGUUUCUGGAUUUGCAGAAGCCUCCAUUCCCUGAGGGUCCCAGAGAAGCAAGAGAGAUGUGAUAAAUUCCUUGUAGUAAGACUUUGGUAUAAAUGGGAGGCCGACAUGGCAAUAUUGCCACAGGAAAGAAACUGGAUAGCAAAGAGCAGAAACCACUAUGACAAUGAAGCUAUGGGUCAGUCUAAACAACUGUCUUAAAGGAUCUACAGGUGGCUUGGCUAGGGUUAGACAGACUGAGCAGGAUCUAGGGAUGGAGAUAGAGUGACCUGCUUGACAUUAACUCUGUUGAUGCCUGCUCAAUCAAAUAAAUGGCUCUACUCAGCCUGUCAGUUUGCUGUGUUCCCAAAAAUAUCCUUUGAAAUCAUAGAAUAUCAGGUUAGAAGGGACCUCAGGAGGUCACCUAGUCUAACUUUCUGCUUAAAGCAGGAUCAAUCCCCAGACAGUUUUUUACCCCAGUUCCCUAAAUGGCCCCCUCAAGGAUUCAACUCACAACCCUGGGUUUAGCAGGCCAAUGCUCAAACCACUGAGCUAUCCCUUCCCCCUAGCAUGGGCUGAUGACUAUAGGACAGAGGGAGAGUAUGGGUAUGCAUGGAUCAGUAGCUCCAGACAAAAGAGCCCACAGUGAGCAGGCCCUCGUGUAGCAAAGCAGCUGAGAACCAUCCUGAAUCCUGGGAGAGACAGAGCAGCCGACCGGGGACUUCCCAGGAUGGGAGCCAGGAGAAGGGCUGUGCCAGGGAGGAAUUACCUGAGAAGGACAAACCAGAGUUGGACCCAAGAUCACUGCUGCCCACAGCUGUGUGGGGCUGUGAGUACUGGGGUUUGCGGCCUUGCACUGGGAAUAAGGCCAGAGGCUGUAGCUAGUUAAGUGGGGAGAUUGUCGCUCUGUGUGGGUUUGCAGAGAGCAGCAGAAGAGGGCGCAGGAGUUUGUUUACUGGUGUUGAAGACGGCUAGGAGCACUCAAAAUCUGCUGCCGGAUUUGAAUGCUGCCCAAAAUUCCUGAACGCUGAGUGUAGACGCAUUGCUUGGUGUCUAUCCUGGUAAUUUUGGGGGCUUGGGGGUCCUCGCAUGGGAUCUAACCUGUUUUACUGCUCCUCCAUCUUUCCCCCCUGAUUUCUCCAUUCAUUUCUCUGUAAAAAUAUAUUUCCUUGUCCUA